AUUCGCUCCCACAACACUACGGCCACCACUUCCAAGGCUUAUCACCCAACAGGUGUGUCUGCUCUGCCAGUGCGCGCUGACUUGAGCCGCAAAUGGUACAACACCUCCAUUCUGUGCUGAGCUCGUAGGCGUGAAGAUGGAGCAUCGAAACAUCUUCAAAUGCCACCGAUGUCACCAAAGGACAUAUUCUUUGGCAAACCUCUUUCGCCACUUUUGCACCUGGCAUGGUACAGAAGCUAAUUGGAACUGCAAUUUGGAAAGCUGUGCCAAGACAUACCAACUGUACAGCUCAUUCCGAAAGCAUGUUGGCCGGCACCACAGUCAUCUGUUUCUUACCAACACGAGUGAAGACCAGGUGGUGCUGCCAGUAACUCACAACACUGAUGACACGAUAGAUGACUUAUCCAGUGAGCCCUGUGACGAGGAGCCUCAACAAGCAUGUAGCCCCAGUGUUGAUGCUCAUGAUGUUAAUGGCCAGUGUGCCAGGCAGCUUACCUCUCUAUUGCUUAAAUGGCAAGAAGGCCGACAGUUGCCAGAGAGCACAGUUAACGAAAUUGCAAACGACAUCAUAAAUUUUGCUACUGAGUUUAAAGGCACCUUGCAAUCGGUCGACAUGAAAAACCUUGAGCACCUCAGGACCAAGUUGGGUAGAGAAAAUGAAUGGAAAAGUAUAUUUACUUUUGUUUCACCUCAGACCAUCCAUCUUUCAAAUCAAGAUUCUAGUGAAUGCUUUGAAUACAUCCCACUUUUGGAAACCCUGAGGGCUGUAGCAGCAGUGCGCAAUCUUUUUGAGGGAACUGAAGAAAACAGCUCAACUCUGCUGCGGGACAUGCAUGAUGGCACAUAUUUUAAACAGCAUAGCAUAUUCAAAAAUGCAAGCACUCAGAAGCUGUUGGCGCUCCAGCUCUAUUUUGAUGAAUUUGAGCUUUGCAACCCCCUGGGGAGCAAGCGAGGAAAACACAAAGUUCUGGCUGGAUAUCUGACAAUUCUGAAUUUGCCACCAAAAUGCCGCUCGAAACUCACAGACAAAUACCUUGUUCUCCUAGCAAAAACAUCCACUGUAUCCAAGUUCACUCUGCACAAAAUUCUUGAGCCACUUGUUAAUGACAUCUGCCAACUCGAAACAAAUGGUAUUGACCUUAAUGGAGAGAUUGUUAAGGGGUCACUUUUGCUUGUGAGCGGCGACAAUUUGUCAAGUCACCAGCUGGGUGGUUUCCGCGAAUGCUUCUCAUCUGGCCGCAUUUGCCGCUUCUGCUUGGCUUCCAAAGGAGAGAUAAAUGAAAAGUGGCAUGAAAGAGACUUCAUAAUCAGAACAAAGCAAAUGCAUGCGCAUCAUGUUCAGCUAACAAAGCAGGAUCCAAGUCUCUCCAAUGCAUAUGGUAUCACAGGUGAAAGCUGCCUGAGUCCUCUUCACUCGUUUGAUGUAACCAAAGGCUUGCCACCAGAUGUAAUGCAUGAUCUAUUUGAAGGUGUCAUUCCACUUGUCAUGAAGUGUGUCAUUAGACACUUGAUAUCAAAUCGUGUUUUCACGCUAGAUCAGUUGAAUGACAGGCUUGCUGCAUUUGCUUUUCAAGGUGCAGACAAGAAAUCCAAGAUACCCCCUUUGUCACGCCAGGCAGUAUUUGGAACCUCUGUCAUAAAAGGUUCAGCAGCUGAAAAGCUCUGUUUUUUUCGUUUUUUCUCUCUUCUUGUCGGUGACAGUGUCCAAAAGGGGAAUGCUGCAUAUGAGGUGUACCUCACGUUGCGCGCUGUAGUGGACAUAGUUCUUGCACCUCAAGUGAGCCGUAGUGCAGCUGCAUAUUUGAAAGUUCUGGUAGAGGAUUUCUAUGAUGCAUUUAGAGAAACUUUUCCAGAUGUAAACAUAAUUCCAAAAAUGCACUACUUAAUCCACUACCCAAGACUUCUACUUAUGUAUGGCCCCCUUUCUAAAUUGUCGUGUAUGCGUUUCGAAGCUAAGCAUCAAUUUUUUAAAUCCCUUGCUAAGAGAAUUCGCAACUUCAAGAACAUAUGCUCAACACUAAGUCGCCGGCAUCAGAUGCACUUGAUGUAUGCCUUAGCUCAGCCCCAAGAAACAUAUAUCACUGUAGGGAGCAAAAGUAUUGACCCAAGCUCACUACCUGACCUUUUAAAGGAUAGGUUUCAAGACCUGGGACUGCUUACUACAAAUGUGUGCUCUGUAACUUCAGUUACUGUCUCUGAAAGGGAAGUGGCUGUGGGCUACGUGCUACCCAUCAUUAUACCGAAUGAUGGCCUCCCUCACUUUGCUGAAGUAACACUGAUUGCAAUGUGUAGCUCACAGUUGUUUGUUCUUGCAACACUUCUCAGCACAAAAUACUUUGAUAACCACAUUCAUGCCUUUCUUGUAGAACGGACGACUCACAGUGUCAUAAUUGAGAAUAUUGCCCACUGUGGAGAGUUUUUUGACCUCUUGUACGUGUACAAACACGGAAACCAUUGCUGUGUCAGUCCUCGUUUUGCCUUCUUCACCGACUCAGAUGACUAACAUUGUGUAUACACUGUAUAAAACCCUGUAAUAAUUUCGCAUGCUUUGAUUCUGUAUUACUAUCCUCGCUAAGUCUCAGUUAUUUGUAAUGAAUUUUCUUGUGUGCGUGUCAUUCUCAUGUGGGGCAGUUCAUGGCUUGAAGUGGUUACAAAUGUGCGAUUGCAUUGGCCGAGUCAUUCAGCUCAUUUCCUUUUUAAACACUCCUUGUGUUGUGUGUGUGAGCACGGCUUUCUUUUUUGGUAGUCUGGAUAUUCUGAUCAAAUUCAGCCCCAAAAAAGUGACUAAUGUCUUAAAUUAAAUUAUGGGGUUUUUACGUGCCAAAACCACGAUCUGAUUAUGACGCAUGCUGUAGUGGGGGACUUCGGAAAUUUGGACCACCUGGGGUUAUUUAGCGUGCACCUAAAUCUAUGCACACGGGUGUUUUCGCAUUAAUCUCUACAUCAAGUGCGGAGAUUCGAUUCCCAAAGUCGCGUCCAUUAGAAUCUUGGGAAUGACACUUGAAGGGGCGGGCACAAAUGGCAUCACCAUUCACAAACUAGCAAAGAAGACGGAUAGCAUCAUCGGUCUAAUCAAGCGAGUAGCUAACAGAAGGAGAGGCCCGAGUGAAAAGAAUCUGAUAAGGCUCGUCCACGCUUUCUUGUUAUGCCAUUUCACGUACGUAGCGGCCAUGCACGUCUGGAAGAGGGCCGAGCGAGACAAGCUAAAUGCCAUAAUAAGGAGGGGGAUAAAGAGCGCGCUCGGACUAUCAAACUACACACGCACGAACCGACUUCUGCAGUUGGGCAUUCAUAAUACACUGGAAGAAAUUACAGGAGCACAGGAAAGGGCACAGAUUCUCAGACUCUCCGGCACCAUGGCGGGCAGACGACUCCUAACAGAGAUGGGUGUCCCCCCCCGGCUAAAGUCAGACUCCUACCAGGGCCUUCCGAAAGAGCAGAAAGACCACAUCAUCAUAUCCCCCGCCCAGCGCAAUGUGAAAAGAAGGAAGGCCAGGGCCGUGGCGCUCCUACGCCGGGCGACAGAACUCCUUGGCGGCAGCUGCUUCGUUGACGCGGCCCAAUAUGGCAACAGCAAAAAUUUCACACUAGUGUCCAUCAACCACAAGGGUUCGACCAUUAACGCAGCUUCGGUACGAAGCACGUCGUCAUGUGCGGCCGAGCAAGUGGCCAUUGCCUUGGCACUCCUGGACGAGAAACAUGCCAACAUCUUCAGCGACUCCAGGACAAGCAUCCGCGCCUUCAGCGUUGGCGCCGUGUGUAAGGAAGCCUGUCGCAUCCUCGACGGCAAAAGCAUCGCCACCCACACUCACGUGGUACCCCGCUCACAUGGGAUCCAUCAUGGGAGGCCCCACAAACCUCAAUGAGCUGGCCCACUCCAAGGCGCGAGGUCUCGCUUUCCGCGACCAUGGAGAACUCCCCGGCCGGUCAGGAGUGGUGGAGAACAGAGAUCAACCGACAACAUACAAUGAAAUUACGCAGUACUUUUAUCUCGGCAGGAGAGACUUUCCCCUUCCUCACAAGAAGUUAAAUAGAGCGCAGACAUUGACCCUCAGAUUACUGCAAACAGGCUCGUAUCCCAGCCCAGCUUUAUUACACAAGCUCUAUCCCGACACUUAUGCCAGUAGUUCUUGCAGGCACUGCAAUGACUUCGCUAGCUUAGACCAUAUGUCUGGCGCUGCCCCUCGUUACGAGGCAGGGAACAAAUAAAUGAGGACAAGUGGCUCUCCGCUAUCAAGAGCCCCGAUGCCGGGGCGCAACUAUGGGCUGUCCAGAGGGCCCACGAUGCGGCGGUCGGGCAUGGCCUGACUGUCCCAACGUGGGAGCGGCCCGCUGAGUCGCGUACCUCAGGACGUUCAUUAAAGUUUUACAUCCAUCCUGGAGCACACUAUGCGGCAUAAGCAAUGCCAGCAAUGUGCCUACAACGUCUCAUAAAUGUUAUUCAGAAGCUGA